AUGGCCACCAACGACAAAAUAACCGACUGGGUAGACCCCAACGACAAAACCGGCGAAUUCAAGCGCCAAGUCUCCUCCUUCCGCUCCUUCAUCUCGCGCUCCGACCCAUCCUCCCCCUUCCCCCCCGAAGCGGGCCGCUACCACCUCUACGUCAGCUACGCCUGCCCGUGGGCCACGCGGGCCCUGAUCGUGCGCAAGCUCAAGGGGCUAGAGGAUGUCAUUUCUUUUAGCAGCGUGCACUGGCACAUGGGCGAAAAGGGGUGGCGGUUCCCCACUGCCGAGGAAGGAAUGGAGGGCGGGGAUGCGGCUGGGGAACAGGUGGUGCCGGAUGCGGUGAGAGACAAGAAGUACAUGAGGGAGGUGUAUUUCGGUGUGGAACCGGAGUAUAAGGGAAGGUUUACGGUGCCGGUGCUGUUUGAUAAGAAGGAGGGGAGGAUUGUGAAUAAUGAGAGUAGUGAGAUUAUCAGGAUGUUGGGGAGCGAGUUCGAUGGGAUUGUCGAGGAUGCCAAGGCUAGGGAGUUGGAUCUGUACCCGGAGGAUUUGAGGGGGCAGAUUGAUGAGGUCAAUGAGUGGGUUUAUCAUGAUAUCAACAAUGGGGUGUAUAAGAGCGGGUUUGCGACGACGCAGGAGGCGUAUGAGAGGAAUGUGAUCAAGUUGUUUGAGAGUUUGGAUAAGGUCGAGAAGCAUCUGAGGGAGGUGCAAGAGAAGGGGAAGGGGGAGUAUUGGUUUGGGGAGAGGUUGACGGAGGUGGAUGUGAGAUUGUUCCCGACAAUCAUCCGCUUCGACCCCGUCUACGUCCAGCACUUCAAGUGCAACAUUCGCGACAUCCGGUCGGGAUACCCGGCUAUCAACAGGUGGAUGCAAAACCUAUACUGGAACGUCCCUGCCUUCCGCGAGACGACCAACUUCUUGCACAUCAAGAAGCACUACACUUGCUCGCACCCUCAGAUCAAUCCCAAGGGGAUCACGCCGUUGGGCCCGGUGCCGGAUAUCCUGCCGCUCUAG